ACUUCCGCCCGGAGCCGGAAGUGCGGGAUCCAGUGAGUAUGGCGGCGUCGAAGGUGAAGCAGGACAUGCCCCCGGCGGGGGGCUAUGGGCCCAUCGACUACAAACGGAACUUGCCGCGUCGAGGACUGUCAGGCUACAGCAUGCUGGCCCUGGGCAUCGGAACCCUGUUCUUCGGAUACUGGAAAAUAAUUAAGUGGAACCGUGAACGCAGGCGCCUACAAAUCGAGGACUUUGAGGCCCGCAUCGCACUGAUGCCGCUGUUCCAGGCUGAAACGGACCGGAGGAUCCUGCACAUGCUUAGGGAGAACCUGGAGGAGGAGGCCAUCAUCAUGAAGGAUGUGCCUGGCUGGAAGGUCGGGGAGUCUGUGUUCAACACAACUCGCUGGGUGCCCCCCUUGCUCGGGGAGUUGUAUGGACUGCGCCCCCUGGAGGAGGCUGUCUUUGCCAACCACGGCUUCAUGAUGUACACAUAGGCCCUGCGCCCUCUGUACACCUGGACCCCUUCCCCUUCCCACUGAGACCGAAUAAAUGCUCUUCAGACCUGG